GUCACACUCCGGAAAUUUACGGAUCUGUUCCGUCAUUAUGUUGAUUUUUAUGAUGAUGUCUGCCAAUCGGCAACAGCGGCAAAGCCAAACAAACUUUUUUUAUGGUAUUCAACCCUCCACAGGUUUUUUACCCUCUCUGGAGGUCUGCAAUAAAAGAUAGUAACAACUCAGGUUCAGCUUAUCUUUGACAUUACAGUAAAAAACCUCGGUAUCGGGAAGAAUAACCAUGGAUUCAGAAAGAACUUUUCGUGAGGCAAGGAGACUUACUCCAGAAGGACAAUUGAUGUUCGAGGAGAAUGUAAGACAGUUUACUUCAAAACUACGAAUUCAACACAGAUAUAUAGACAUGAUUUUUGGAGAUAUACAUGAGCACACCCAUAUGACUAAACCAUUAGCUUGUACUUAUAAACAAGAACUAAUGAAACAUUUUAAGGAAUAUGAAGAAAUUUCUCGCAAAUAUGACGACUAUUUAAUUUCUCAACGGUGUGAUGAAAGUUCUCGUGAAAGAUCUUCGCAUAAUUUGAUUGCUAGUUCGUUACAACAGCAAGUCUCUAAAGCAAUAGAUAAGCUAGAAGCAAUGUUGCAAACCUUUGAUAUGGAAGAACUAAAUAAAAUUAAAAGUGAACAAUUAACAGAAAUCAUUCAACCACCUGACGCAUUUAGAGAACCGUCAAAUACUGGUGUAGAUAGAAAAUCUAAUUGUUCAAGAGGAAGUUCUCAUCUUUCUCGACAGAGAGCCAAAGUUGAAGUCGCAAAGACCAGAGCAAAAUUUGCACAAGAAGAAGUUGAACUUAUGCGUAAACAAACAGCCAUACAAGCAGACAUGAAACUUCUAAGUGUGAAACGCGAUAUAGAGGAAGCGGAAUGUGAACUCAGAGUCUUGAAUGAGAAUUUUGAUGAAGAUUGUGCUAUUUCAGAGCCAAACAAAGAAGACGUCAAAAGACGUACUGCAGAAUUCAUACUAAAACAAACUGAUCAAAAUGCCAAUAUGCCUUUAACUCAAAAUUUAAAUGUUGAUGCACCUACAUUUAAACCAGCAGUAGUAAAUCAAAUGCCUACUGCCACAUUUACUCAGACAGACGCCUGUAGAGAGUUUACACAAUUCAUUGUUAAAAAGGACUUGUUGUUAUCACGGCUCUGUAAAUAUGAUGACACACCUGGUUAUUUCUUAGCUUGGAAAGCAAGUUUUACAAAUGUAAUGCGUGAAUUAAACGUUACUCCGUCUGAAGAAUUAGACUUAUUGGUAAAAUGGUUGGGACCCGAAAGUUGCAAACAAGCAUUGAGCAUUCGAGCAGCUAAUGCAGGAAACGCAUCUCAAGGUGUAGCCAGAAUUUGGGCUAGACUUCAAGACAGAUUUGGAAGUCCCGAAAUUGUAGAAAGUGCUUUACGUAAGAAACUUAAUAACUUUGCCAAAAUCGGUAAUAAAGACAAUAAACGUUUAUUUGAGCUUUUUGACAUAGUUUCAGAAAUAGAAGCAGUUAAAGAGAAUGACAUGUAUAGAAGUAUUUUUAGUGUUUAUGACUCAUCGGCUGGUGUAAACAUUAUAAUAGCAAAACUGCCAUAUAAUAUCCAAGAAAAAUGGACAACAGAGGCCACCAGAUAUAAGACUCAAAACCACAUGGUAUAUCCACCAUUUACAGUAUUUACCCAGUUUUUGCAAAGGAUUGCAAAAAUGAAAAAUGAUCCCAGUUUUUUCUUUGAGGAUUGUCGAGAAGCCAAAGUACAGAAUACUACAAAUACAACAAACAAUCGUUAUGGAAAUACAAGAAAUCAGAUAUCUUGUGCACGUACUGAAACCUCAUUGUCGAAACCGUUCACUGAUAAAGUAAAAAGUUCAGACUCGGUAUGUCCUGUGCAUGGAACUAAUCACUUACUGAAUGAAUGUAGAGGAUUUCGCAUGAAACCAAUUUCAGAACGAAGGGAGUUCUUAAAGAAGAAUGGAACUUGUUUUCGCUGUUGUGGGCCUAAACGCCAUCUUAGAAGAGACUGCAAAGAGUUCUUGAAAUGUUCAGUCUGUCAAAGUCGGGAACACCCUUCUGCUUUACAUACCGAUAUCGGAAAUAUUAGAAAGAACAAACCCACAGAAUCUCACGAGGGGGAGAAUGAAUCAGGAGAAGUUAUAACAGCAUGCACACAAAUAUGUGGUCAAGUAUCUGGCACCAGUAAGUCAUGUUCAAAACUUAUGUUAGUAAAAGUGUAUCCAAAAGGACAACCUGAACAAUCACACAUGAUGUAUUCUUUAAUAGAUGAUCAAAGUAACAAGUCAUUGGCCACUUCCAACUUCUUUUAUUUGUUUUCUGAUAAUGGACCAGAAACUGAAUAUGUUUUGUCGUCUUGUGCUGGAAAAUUUACAUCAUCUGGACGUUUAGCUAGGGACUACGUGAUAGAAGCUUUAGAUGGGUCAUGUGCAUUUGACUUACCAACUAUCAUAGAAUGUAAUGACAUUCCGAACAAUAGACAGGAAAUAGCGUCCCCUAAUGUGGCUAUGCAAUAUCCUCAUCUUGUAGACAUUGCUCCUUACAUUCCUGAAAUCUAUGAGCAUGCACAGAUUGAUCUUUUGAUAGGAAGAGAUUUGAUAUUAGUUCACCAUGUACUCGAUCAACGUCUUGGCAAAGGUAACCUCCCAUAUGCACAGAAGCUGCCUUUAGGUUGGGCUAUAAUUGGUGAAGUGUGUCUCGGAAAAACUCAUCCGCCUGGCAUUCUAGAUUUCGUUAAUGUAAACAAGACUACCAUUUUGAGUAAUGGCCGUGCUACUUUUCUUAAACCUUGCCAAAGUGAAUUACAAGUAGGUACAAACAUUUUCCGUACAACUGACAACGAUGAAAAAAUUGGAGCAUCAAUCGAAGAUGAUACAUUCCUGAAGAUCAUGAAUUCAGGUUUUGUUAAAAAUUCAGAUGGUUGUUGGGUUGCUCCAUUGCCCUUCCGUGAGCAUCGGCCAAUAUUAGAAAACAACAAACAAGUAGCUUUGAAGAGAGCAAAAUCUUUCGAUUACAGCUUGAAAAUUAAUUCUACAAAACGAGAACAUGUCAUACAAUUCAUGCAGAAAAUCAUUGAAAAUGGUCAUGCUGAAAUAGCGCCACCAUUGGCUAUAUCGUCUGAAUGUUGGUACUUACCUAUGUUUGGGAUAUAUCACCCCAGAAAACCUGACAAUAUCCGAGUGGUAUUUGAUGCGUCCGCAGUGUGUAAUGGUCAUUCAUUAAAUAACGUUCUGUUAAAAGGACCAGACCUCACAAACAGCCUGUUAGGCAUUUUACUACGUUUUCGAAAAGAGGCUAUAGCAGUAACUGCUGACGUCGAACAAAUGUUCUAUAAUUUCAAAGUGAGUGAAGAGCAUCGUAAUUACCUUCGUUUCAUUUGGCAUUCUGAUAAUGACAUAGAAAAACCAUUGAUUGAUUACCGUAUGACUGUUCACGUGUUUGGCAACAGUCCCUCGCCGUCAGUGGCAACUUAUGGACUUCGAAAAUCUGCUGAGACUGCUGAUCAAGAUGUGAAGGAUUUUGUAAAUCGCAACUUUUACGUAGACGAUGGUCUGUUGUCGUGUCAAAAUGUUGAGACAGCUGUUGAUUUAGUUAAGAGAACUCAAAGUGCAUUGUCAAGUGGUGGUAAUCUGAGGUUACAUAAAAUAGCCUCAAAUAGCAAACAUUUGUUAAGCCAGUUUCCAGUUGAUGAUCUGGCUAAAAAUCUCAAAGAUCUGAAAUUUGAAAAUGACUGCUUACCUUUGCAAAGAAGCCUAGGUAUGGCUUGGGAUAUUAACAAUGACUGUUUUACCUUUCAAGUAGCGCAUGACAUCAAGCCAUUUAGCAAGCGUGGUGUAUUAUCAACGAUCAACUCACUGUUUGAUCCGAUUGGCUUCACAGCCCCUGUUUCAGUUCGUGGUAAACUUCUCUUACGUGAUAUGAUGACUUCACUAGGACACACUGAAUGGGAUGACCCAUUACCUGAUACUUACCUACAUCCAUGGAAGCAGUGGAUUAAUACGUUACCUGAUCUUGAACAAUGCUGUAUUCCGCGUAUGUAUAGUGACAUCUCAUAUGCAGAAGCUUCGAACAGAGAAGUUCAUAUCUUUUGUGAUGCUUCCAAAGAGGCAAUAGGUGCAGUGGCUUAUUUGAGAUUAAUUGACUCACACCAUGUAACAGUUAGUUUUUUAUUGGGAAAAGCUAAGGUUGCGCCUUCGCAUGGGAAUACUAUUCCUCGAUUAGAACUGUGCGCUUCUGUUCUUGCCGCAGAAUUAUCAGAUCUUGUCAAAGAGCAUCUAGGUAUAGAUCAAAGUGAAAUGUACUUUUACUCAGACAGCAAAAUAGUGUUAGGUUACUUGACAAAUGAGUCAAAGAGAUUUCAUGUAUACGUAGGAAACCGAGUGCGACGAAUUCGAGUCUCUUGUGAUCCAAAACGAUGGAGUCAUGUUUCAACUGAAAAUAAUCCAGCAGAUAUUGCAACACGUGGAAUUAACCCUGCAGAGUUAUCAAAUAGUUUAUGGAUAAAGGGACCAGCAUUUCUUUAUGACAUAUCCCUUGAAAAUUUAGAUAACGGUCCACAUCAGUUGGUUGAUGCUGAUAGUGACAAGGAGAUUCGCCCAGAGGUGCAAGUAGCUAAAACACAAACUGUAGCUCAAAAUAAUGUACAUAGAUUAGGGACACACAGAUUCUCAAAGUUUUCAGAAUGGAGAACUUUAGUCAGAGCAAUUUCCUCAUUGAAACAACGUGUUAGAAAUCGAGCUCAUCAUGACGAUAAACCUGAACAUUUAGAUGCAUACAAACAACCAGAUGCUUUGAAACAAGCUCAACAAUUCAUAAUUCGUGAGGUUCAAAUGGAAAAUUAUAGAGACGAAAUAGACAGUAUCAAACAUGGAAAAUCGUUACAUAACAACAGUUCUCUCUCGCAACUAUCGCCCAUACUUGAUGUUGAUGAUACCUUAAGAGUUGGUGGUCGCUUACGAAACUACAAAGAUUGUUCAGAUCUUUCAAAACAUCCUAUUAUCUUACCAAAACAUCACCAUAUAUCAUUACUUAUUGUUCGACACUUCCAUGAAAAAGUGGCUCAUCAAGGCAGAAGCCUCACAGAUGGUGCUAUCCGUACAGCUGGUUUUUGGAUUUUAGGCAGUCGUCGUUUAGGUUCUUCAUUGCUGCAUAAAUGUGUGAUAUGUCGUAAGCUUCGUGGUUGUUUCGGUUGGCAGCAAAUGGCAGAUUUGCCUCAGGACAGAUUGACACCAUCACCGCCAUUUACAUUCGUCGGUGUUGACACUUUUGGCCCAUGGCCUAUAGCUUAUAGACGCACUCGUGGAAUACAAGCUAAUCAGAAAAGAUGGGCACUUAUGUUUACAUGCCUUGUCAGUAGAGCAAUUCAUAUAGAGGUCAUAGAGGAGCUCAGCAGUGCUUCAUUUAUAAAUGCGUUGCGUCGUUUCAUUGCCUUAAGGGGUGAAGUUAAACAAUUCCGUUCAGAUAGGGGAACAAAUUUUGUUGGCAGUUCAAAAGAGUUAAAUAUGAUUACUGAAUUUGUUGAAAAAGACUCUGUGAAAAGUUUUCUCUCAAACAACGACGUCUUGUGGCAAUUUAAUCCUCCACACGCCUCCCACAUGGGAGGCGUGUGGGAAAGGAUGAUUGGUGUUUCACGUAAGAUUCUCGAUUCAAUGUUAUUACGAGAAGGUUCGAAAAAUCUUACGCAUGAAGUUCUAACUACCUUGUUAUCGGAGGUAACAGCAAUAGUGAAUGCAAGACCCUUGGUUCCAGUGUCAACGGACCCAGAAUCACCAUGCGUUCUUUGUCCGGCAAUGCUUUUAACACAUAAAACAAAUCAGGACAAUAUUUCUUUUCCAACGUUUGGAAAGAAAGACAUGUUGAAAUCUCAAUGGAAGCACACUCAAUUUCUAGCAGAAGAGUUUUGGAACCGCUGGCGUAACGAAUAUUUAAACCGUCUACAAACUCGACAAAAAUGGACUGGUGAAAACAGUAAUAUGAAGGAAGGCGAUUUAGUACUUUUAAGAGAUAAUGAAUGUGCUCGCAACUAUUGGCCAGUCGCAAUCGUUGAAAAGACAUUCCCUAGUUCUGAUCAGAAAGUCAGAAAGGUUCAAAUUCGUGUCGUGCGUGAUGGGAAACCGGUUAGUUAUGUGAGACCAAUCAACGAACUAGUAAUGUUGGUAGAGCAUGUGGAAAUAAAAGAAAGUGAAAUAGACUAAUGAUUAUGAUUUUAAUUUGUUGAAUCUUCAAAUAGUCAGAACAUUUAACAACAGUUAUAACAUUUUGCAUUGAUAAUUUGUUCAUGUUAUUUUAAAUUUGUUUAUAAAUUGGUGAUUUCAGUUUGAAAUCAGAGGGGGAGUGUAUUGUCACACUCCGGAAAUUUACGGAUCUGUUCCGUCAUUAUGUUGAUUUUUAUGAUGAUGUCUGCCAAUCAGCAACAGCGGCAAAGCCAAACAAACUUUUUUUAUGGUAUUCAACCCUCCACAGGGUGAGUUUUCUGAUAAACUGUAGUUUAUAACCUUUAUUUGU